ACCUGAAAUCACCAGGGCUGCAGUUUUAAGGCUGGAAAAAAUCGGAGCUUAGCGGACGGGCAGAGGCUUACAAGAAGUGUGUAUUUCGGCUGCCGGAGCGAGCUCCAAAAGCUCUUCAUCUUCCGUUUGGAGAUACAAUAUUUAUUGUAUAGAGGGAAGUUUCCAGAUAAUAUCAUCCUGGUUCAGUGGAUUCUUUUGAUGCCAUGACUGUCCAGGCCAAUUUGCGUCUUCUAACCUAUUCACAAGAGAUUAUAGAUGGACAACCGAUUUAUGUUUCCUCAAAUUCUCUUCCAGUAAAGGCAUUAAAUUAUGAACCGGCUGGCCAUGCUUUCCAUGAUGUUGUCCUCAAACUCCUUGGUUAUGAGGACAAUGAAGUGAGUGAUGACAAUGAGCAGACGGCUGAGGAUGCAGAACGGAAAUAUGCUCCAUCAUUUGAUUCAUAUAGCAGCAAAGGUAAAAAGAAAUCAGGUGGAAGCACACAGCAAGAUCAUUAUGCGUUGCUGGGUUUGAGUCAUUUAAGAUAUUUAGCCACUGAGGAACAGAUACGAAAAAGUUAUCGAGAAACUGCUUUGAAGUAUCAUCCUGACAAACAAGCUGCCCUUCUUCUGGCCGAGGAAACUGAAGCUGCAAAACAAGCAAAGAAGGAUGAAAUAGAAAGUCAUUUUAAAUCUAUUCAAGAAGCUUAUGAAGUGUUAAUUGAUCCUGUCAAAAGAAGAAUUUACGACUCAACAGACGAGUUCGAUGAUGAGAUUCCAACUGAUUGUGCUGUACAAGAUUUCUUUACAGUGUUUGGUCCUGCCUUUAUGAGGAAUGGGCGUUGGUCUGUUAACCAAUCUGUUCCAUCAUUAGGCGAUGAUAAAACUCCAUUGAAAGAAGUUGAUGAUUUCUACAAUUUUUGGUAUACCUUCAAAAGCUGGAGGGAGUUCCCACACGCUGAUGAAUUUGACCUUGAGCAAGCAGAGUCUCGGGACCACAAGAGGUGGAUGGAGAGACAGAAUGCUAAACUUACAGAAAAGGCUAGAAAGGAAGAAAAUGCUAGGAUUCGUACACUCGUCGAUAAUGCAUACAAACGAGACCCUAGAAUACAAAGAAGAAAGGAAGAAGAAAAAGCUGAAAAGCAGAGGAAGAAGGAAGCAAAAUUUUUGGCAAAGAAGUUACAGGAAGAGGAAGCUAUUAGGCUUGCUGAAGAGGAGAAACGAAGAAAGGAGGAGGAGGAGAAACGAGCUGCGCAAGUGGCUCAACAGCAGAAAAAGGUAAAAGAGAAAGAGAAGAAACUCCUACGCAAAGAACGGUCCCGCCUUAGAACGCUUUCUGGGCCUGUCAUAUCUCAAUCUUUGCUUGAUCUUUCUGAGGAAAAUGUCGAAUAUCUCUGUUCAUCUCUUGACAUUGAGCAGUUGAGAAAUAUUUGUGAUAAAAUGGAAGGAAAAACAGGAAUGGAGCUUGCAAAGGUUCUCUGGGAUGCACAGGAAAGCAGUCAUUCAGAUAGAAAGCAUCAGGAAUGCAAUAAGACAGCACAGCAGAAUGGUUCUACAAGUGCUAAUGUCACUAUCCCACUAAGCAACCUUCAGAAGAAGGAGAGGCCUUGGAGUAAAGAUGAAAUCGAGCUCUUAAGGAAAGGAAUGCUGAAAUAUCCUAAAGGAACUUCUCGUAGGUGGGAGGUUAUCUCAGAUUACAUUGAUACACAAAGGUCAGUGGAAGAAAUUUUAAAGGCAACCAAAACGAUCCUCUUACAGAAGCCCGACUCUGCCAAAGCUUUUGACUCAUUUCUUGAGAAAAGGAAACCAGCACAGGCCAUUGCAUCGCCACUCUCAACUAGAGAAGAGUUAGAAGGUGUUUCCUCUAAAAAACCAGAAGACAAUGUGGCAAUUAAUGGUAAUCUGGAUGUACCCUCAGUAGGACAAAAUGUAAACAACCAAACCCCCAGCGAUUCAUCUGCAAAUGGAAAUCCCUCUACUUCGGAGCAAGACUAUUGGUCAGCUGUACAAGAAAGAGCACUAGUCCAAGCUCUAAAAACAUUCCCAAAGGAGACCAGCCAGCGAUGGGAGCGGGUUGCAGCUGCCAUUCCUGGGAAGACGGUGAACCAGUGCAAGAAAAAAUUCACAUCAAUGAAGGAGAGCUUUAGAAACAAAAAGAAUGCUGCUUAAUCACUGUGGCAGGCUUUUCUGGUCUGUUCUUCAAGCAGAUUCCAAUUUAUUCAUAUCAAAAGGGGUUAUAUCUGGAGAUAUCCAACCGAUUCUUCUCAAAGGUCAGACUAUUUUAUACCUCUGCAUAGGUUCUUAUUUUAUGAAAUUUUAUGAUGGCCUACAUUUUCUAGUUAGUAACUUGAAAUUCCCUGAAGAGAUAGGUAGUAGAGUAUCGCGUAUGCGGAAGAGUUUUGUAUUUCCCAUUCUUAUGUUGUUUGAAACGAUUCGUGUAGAUUCAUGUUGAAUUAUUUAUAGCAUUUGGGCUUCAUUUAGAAUGAUCCUGAGUGUGUUCAGUUUUGGACGAUCUGUAGUUCUUAGGGGGACACACUGGAUGCUUUUUGUCAAAUUAGUAAAUGAAAUUGCUGGUGAUGUGAUGAAUUAA